AUGCCAAUAUACAUAAUGGCAUCGUCCGAUCCGAAUCCUAGCAAACGGAAAGUGCUAGAGAAAUCCAUAUCGCCUCCGCCUCUAAAGCGUAAAACCCAAAGUAACAUAUCAAAAAAUGCCGUGGCUGCUUUCUUCACCCCGACGUCUCAGAAACCAAAGGACCGGACGACCUGGACCGAGCGCGCGCCCGAUAGUAGCGAUUCGUCGCCAACUUUACUUGUUGGCCGGUAUGAGCCUGAGAAGGUAGAGGAGUCCGCUCGGAGGAAAAGAAGGAAGAUAGCCGCGUUCGAUAUGGAUUCAACGCUUAUAACCACGGUAUCAGGCAAGAAAUUUACGGACGACCCCAACGAUUGGAAGUGGUGGGCCCCAGACGUGCCGUCUCGGUUACGGAAGCUAUACGAAGAAGACUACCAGGUCGUGAUUUUAAGCAACCAAGCCGGGCUGACAUUACACCCGGAUCCCAAAUCUAAAGCGCCGAAGGCUGGCAGCAAAGCCAGAGUCGAUAAUUUCAAACAAAAGUCCAGCGCGGUGCUCGCCCAACUCGAUUUGCCCACCGCUAUAUACGCUGCUACGGGUCACGACGAAUUCCGCAAGCCGCGCACCGGCAUGUGGUCCGAAGUCUGUCGUGAUUACGGCCUACGCGACGACGAGAUCGAUCUUGCGAGUAGCAUAUUUGUGGGCGACGCAGGUGGCCGCACAGCGCAACUGAAAGACAGUGGGAGAGGUACAGCCGCCGCGAAAGAUUUCAGUUGUUCGGAUCGAAAUUUCGCACAUAACGUCGGCAUCGCCUACCUGACCCCAGAAGAGUUCUUCCUCGGCGAGCCGCCGCGAGAAUUUACAAGAGAUUUUGACCUCGCUUCUUUCCCGUACUCCGAUACGGAGAGCACUGGUGACCAUGGGGGUAACGAAGUACUGUUCGAGAAACUUAAUAAACAGGAUAUUGUCCUCUUCUGCGGACCCCCUGGCGCUGGAAAAAGCACGUUCUACUGGCGGAACUUGAAGCCUCUAGGUUACGAACGCGUUAAUCAGGAUGUACUGAAAAGCCGUGCCAAGUGCUUCAAGGCUGCUGGGGAUCUUCUCAGCCAAGGGAGCUCAGUAGCGAUCGAUAAUACGAACGCCGAUGCGGACGGUAGGAAGGAAUGGGUCGAAUUCGCACGGAAGCACAACGUGCCCAUUCGUUGCGUCUGGUUCAAAGUCCCUAAGGCGCUCUGCGAGCAUAAUGAUAUAGUCCGGGCCCUCAACAAGCCGAUGAAUCCCGAAGCCCGCACAGCACUGCCUCGUCUCGCGUUUAAUGGAUACUUCUCUCGCUUCAAGGAGCCCGAAGCUAAAGAAGGGUUUCAAGACAUAGUCGAGGUCGAUUUCAAAUUCCGCGGCACGAAAGAGGAGUAUGCUAUUUGGGGACGUUACUGGCGAUGAGGCGAAAAUAUUCCUCCUUAACUCUUAAUGUAGUAACAGGUACCUAGUACGACCCUAGCUGAGACGAAAAGGCCGGGAGUGCUGAAGACUAUUUGAAUCGCGACGAUAUUUUUGUAGCUUCUGGCUCAUGAUUUUAAGUACAACUUUCAUUCCCAGUGGCCCGUUUUUCAGACAAGUGAUCUACAUUCCGAUACAAUUGAUGGAACCGGGUAAUUUACAUAAUCAUCCCACCGCAUCUUGUCUCUCAGUAACAGCGUACAUAUGACACCAUAAGAAAAAGAGGGCAGCUUUAUCCUCCGUACAACCUCGGGGUAUCCUGUUUCUUACGAACUGCCAUCUCGGCUAUCAUUGCCC